AUGGCUGACAACUCUCAGAAGAUGAGCUACCAUGCUGGUGAGGCCAAGGGCCAAGCUCAGGAGAAAGCCAGUAACUUGAUGGACAGAGCCAGCAAUGCAGCUCAAUCUGCAAAGGAAUCAGUGCAAGAGGCUGGCGAGCAGGUGAGGGCUAAGGCACAGGGAGCUGUUGAAGGGGGAUCAAACAGAGUCAUUCUUAGGAAUGGUGACGAGGCAGGUGCCUGCAAAAGACACUUGUCCCAAACCCAUUGUCCUAGCUGGACUAGAAUACCAAACCUGGAGAAAUUUUCCCAACCGGCUUCA